CAGGAGAAAGCAGUAUACGGGGUGCCGAUGCCAAGAAGCUACCUAGAGCUGACCCUGAGCCCUAAGAGCAGUGAGGUGGACCACGCCAACAACCCUGCCAACUUCAGCAGCGACGUGCUGCUGAUCCCAGACCUGUCGACCUUCAGGGUGCUGCCCUGGGCAGAGCAGACGGCCCGGGUCAUCUGUGACCCCUGCAUGAUAACCGGCAGCCCCCUGCGCACCGCACCCCGCCUCAUCGCCAAGCAGCUGAUGGGGCAGCUCCAGAGCCUGGGUUUCUCCCUGCACUCCUCCUUCACCUACGAAUGCUGUGUCCUGGGCGCGCCCGACAGGGUGGGCCCCAAGACCAUGCUGUUCCCCGCCACCACCCUGGCCAGCAACCACGACCUGCCCUUCUUCCAGCAGCUGGUGAAUGGGAUGUACUGCAUGGGGGCCGACGUGGACAGCUUGGCCUCAGCCAUGGUGCCCGGUCAGAUGGAGAUCAACCUGAGGCCGGAGUUUGGCAUCGCGGCCGCCGACACCGCCUUCACGUUCCGUACCGGCAUCAAAGAGAUGGCGAGGAAACACAGCUACAUCGCCAGCUUCUUCACCGACGACAGCCUGUACAAUGCCGGGGUGCUUUCCCAUUCUCUCUGGGACGCCAACGGCCGCCGUAGUCUCUUCCACACCGGGGACCACGGCGGAGGGGAGCUGUCGGAGAUUGGCAGGAAGUGGCUUGCGGGGCUCCUGAGCCACUCAGCCGCCCUGAGCUGCCUGCUCUCCCCUGGGCUGGGCUGCCGCAGCCACAUCGCCAAGAAGGUCAAAGACCCCAAGCACAACGUGCUCUAUGCCACCUAUGGCUACAAUGACAACAGCAGCGCCUUCAAUGUAAAAUGCCACGGCGGGCGGGAGACGCAUAUCGACAACAAGCUGGGCUCGGCCAUGGCUAACCCAUACGUGGUGAUGGCGGCCACCGUGGCGGCAGGACUGGACGGUAUCAAACGCAACCUGGCGGCUGAGACGGGUCUGACCAGGGCCUCCACCCACACCCAGCUGGGGAAACAGCAGUUUGCCAUCCCUGUGAAGAUGGAGGAUGCUCUGGUGGCUUUGAGCGAAGACCAUGUGAUUUGCGGAGCCCUGGGAGAACCAUUUGUGCAGUAUUUUAUUGCUCUGAAGCAAUUUGAGAUUGAGACCGAAGAAUUGGAUGCAGAGAGGAACAAAUGUCUGGAAUAUUUCAUAUAGAAGUACUCAAUAUUGUACAGUGGGAUUCCUGUUAAACAAAUGGAUUGAUCGAAUUCAUACAAAGCUUUCUUUGAAUAUAUAUAUUUUUUAUUCCAUAUUUGACAGAAAACAAUAAAAACAUGAUUGAAAUAUCAACAUCUGUGUGCAGGGCC